UUUUGGACUAGGAAAUGAAAGAGGCGUUUGGAUUGCAAAGGAAAGAAAGAAAAUAAGAGAAAUGGAGUUAGAGAAAGUGAAGAGAUACCUGGAGAAAGGAGAUUAUGAUGAUCAGAACAAGAACAAGAACAAAUCCGCCAUUGAAGGAAUGCCUCUCAGGUUCUUCGAACGCUUUAUAAUGCAAGGCAUUCACGUUGACCUCGUUGAACGCGGCCGUCUUCUUUGCUCCAUGAAAGUCCCUCCUCGUCUUCUGAACUCUGGGAAUUUCUUGCACGGCGGAGCUACAGCUACGCUGGUGGACUUGGUGGGUUCAGCUGUCAUAUUCACAGUCGGAGCUCCUUUCACCGGAGUUUCUGUUGAGAUCAACGUUUCCUAUUUGGAUGCUGCUUAUCUUGACGUGAGUUUAACUAAUUCAAUUCAAUGCUAUUGUGGUGUAUUUUUAUACAUGGAAGCCCUAGCUGGUUACUUUAACUUUAAUUCCUUGUUUCCUUGUUUCAUAAUAAAAUGAUAUAUCCUAUCAAUAA